AUAAAGUUGACAACACAACGAAGGAGAACRGCGACGGGACGAUGAAGGGAGUUUAUGUGCUGGGCGUUUGUGCUUUUGCGGCUCUGUAUUUAUUUACCUGCGUGGCUGGACAUGGUCAUGAACAUAGCCACGGUCACGGCCAUCAACAUCAUCACGGCCAUCAACAUCAUGGCCAUCAACAUCAUGGACAUCAACAUCAUCAUGGCCAUCAACAUCAUGGACAUCACCACCAUGGACAUGAACACCAUGGACACUACCACGAAGAAGAAGAACCAGCAUUCAAYAGAUAUAGUCGAGAGAUGAACGAGAAAGAAGAACCAAAGAUCGAAAAACCUAAACCUGCGGAGAAAGCUAAGCCAAGCACCAAGAUGCCAUUACCCCCGAAGCCGACAAGAACCACCAUGUGCAUAUGGAUUGAAGCAAUUUCUUCCACGAUAUUAAUAAGUGCAGCGCCUUUCUUUAUAUUGUUCUUYAUCCCUCUGACAGGAAAUACUGCUGAGCAGAAGCCUCUCUUAAAAGUUYUGUUAGCAUUUGCCUCUGGAGGGUUACUUGGGGACGCGUUUUUGCAUUUGAUCCCUCAUGCAAUUAGUCCACACAGCCACCUCGAAGAACAUAGCCACUCUCAYUCRCACGAUCAUGGACAUGCUCACGGCGAACACAAYCAUUCUCAUGAUAUGGUAGUUGGAUUCUGGGUUCUUGGAGGUAUUAUUGCUUUUCUUAUCGUUGAAAAGUUUGUACGAUAUGUAAAAGGCGGUCAUGGACAUUCUCAUGGUCAUGGACACUCACACGACGCAAGCCCAACAAAAAAGACCACUGACGACGAUAAAAUUGCUAAUGGAGAUAAAAAAGAGAAAACGAGAAAGAGAAAAACAUCAGACAGCAGCGAGAAAUCAUCCUCAGACGARCCAAAACCUGAAUCUAGUG